AUGGUGGAUUUCAAAGGAACUACUGUAACCCAGAGCAAUGUAGAAGGAAUUGAUUCAUGCCAUCUACAUUUGGUGGCAAACUGUUGCAUCGUUCGAUAUUUCCUGGGAAGAUCUCCUCGUGGAUUAUUCUUUUCUGAUGGUUUUGAGAUUCAGCUUAAUGCAUUUAGGGAUUUUGAUUGGGCUGGAUGUCCUGAUACUCGUCGCUACGUCAUGGGUUGGUGCAGGUUUCUUGGAGAUUCCUUGCUAUUUUGGAAGGGCAAGAAUCAAGACCGUGUAUCAAAAUCUUCCACCAAAAAUGAAUAUCGAGCAAUGUCUACAGUUUGCUCUGAGAUUGUUUGGAUUCGUGGUUUACUUGAUGAAAUUAGAUUUCCUCAAUCUAAUUUCACUCCUCUCGAUACUGACAAUGCAAGUGCUAUUCGAAUUGCUACUAAUCCAGUUUAUCAUGAAAGGACCAAACACAUUGAAGUAAACUGUCAUUAA